AUGCCAGAACCAGGUGAUUACACAAUCGGAUGGAUCUGCGCCCUUAGAACAGAACUCGUCGCUGCCACGGCUUUCCUUGAUGAGAAACACGACGAUCCGGAUCAUCUGCCCGCCAAUGACGAUAAUGCUUAUGUUCUAGGUCGCAUCGGAAAGCACAAUGUCGUGAUUGCUGCUCUGCCGCAUGGGCAGUAUGGACUCGUCAGUGCCGCAAAUGUCGCCAAGGACCUGUUGCGCAGUUUCACCAACAUCAGAAUCGGGCUGAUGGUGGGCAUUGGUGGUGGUGCACCGAGUGACAAGCACGAUGUUCGCUUGGGAGAUAUCGUGGUUGGUACUCCAGGCAAUGGCAGGGGCGGCGUAUUGCAAUACGACUAUGGGAAGACAGUACAGGACAAGGACUUCCAAAUGACUGGACAUUUGAAUCAACCACCACAAUGCAUACUCACGGCGCUGACCGUACUUGGAGCUCAGUAUGAGGUCGAUGGCCACGACAUCCAAGCGCAAAUCGAUCGUGUGCUUGAGGGCAAACCACGGCUACGUGCCAACUACCAGAAACCAAAUGCCAUUUUGGAUCGUCUGUAUAGUCCUUCAUUCACACAUGCAGGAAACGACACCGAGAACUGCGCGACUACCUGCGAUGACAACUCGAAGUUAGUCACACGACUCGAGCGACUUGAGGGCCACGAUAGCCCAGUGAUCCACUACGGGCUUAUUGCUUCGGCGAACCAGCUCAUGAAGGAUGCGCAUAUACGGGAUGACCUAUCCACCAAGGAGGACAUCCUAUGUUUCGAGAUGGAGGCUGCUGGGCUUAUGAACAAUUUCCCCUGCCUGGUGAUUCGUGGCGUCUGCGAUUAUUCCGAUACGCAUAAAAACAAGGUCUGGCAGGGCUACGCAGCAAUGGCGGCAGCUGCGUUUGCAAAAGAUCUUCUCUGCAAGGUGGCGCCGAACAAGGUGGCAGCCGAAAAGAAAUUGAACGAGUAUCUUUCAGAUGUGGACGCAAAGUUGUCUGUUAUUUCUGAUAGCCUCAGUCAAUCUCAAACGAAAAUGGAAGCCUUGCAUACCGAUAAACACGUUGAAAGGAUUGUGCGUUGGCUUGCAGCGCCUGAAAUUUCGAACAAUCUAAACGCAGCCCUUGAAAUACGUCACCAAGGUUCCGGCCAAAAGCUCAUUGAAGGCGAAGCCUAUGUCAAGUGGAGGAAAGAUGCCGGAUCUUUUCUUUGGUUGAGUGGGAUACCGGGAUGCGGCAAGACAAUCCUGGCAUCUACUUUAAUCCAGGACCUACAAUCGAACCCUCAAUCCUCUCAAAAUCUCCUCUAUUACUAUUUCGACUUUACAGAUACGCUGAAGCAGAUGUUCAAGAAUGCUAUCCGUUCGCUUCUGACCCAGUUAUACCUCAAAUCCGAGAGCGCCAAGAUCACACUGCAUUCACUAUACGCAAGUUGUAAGAACGGCUGGGAGCAACCUAGCGUCAGCCUUCUAUGUUCUACUUUCGCGACCAUGGUUGAGCAAGCUGGAGAAAUUUGGAUCGUACUCGAUGCCCUUGACGAAUGUCCAAGACGGUAUGAUUUGCUCGAUUGGUUACGAGACCUUCGAGCUAAUCAGAAAAAUGCUCAUGUACUUGUCACUAGCCGCCCAGAACAGGAUAUCAAAUCUGCAAUCGAUCGAAUUUGCACCAACCAAGAGAUCGUUACGGUCCAAAACGAGCUGCUGAAGGAUGAUAUACGCAGUUACGUCCAAGCGCGUGUCAAGGAGCACGAGUCAUUGAGCAGAUGGCGGAAUCGACCAGACAUCCAGGAGGAGAUUGAGGUUGUCCUGGUAGACAAGGCAAAUGGAAUGUUUCGUUGCGUUGCAUGCCAGCUCGACGCCUUGGAGAAAUGCUGUGAUCCCAAAACGUUGCGAUCCACACUCGUCUCACUACCAAAGACUCUGGACGAGACUUAUGAACGGAUAUUGGCAAGAAUUCCUCCAGAGCAUAUGUGUCAUGCGAUUCGACUUCUCCAGUUUCUCACAUACUCUGAGCGACCGCUGCGAGUUAAUGAGGCUGUUGAUGCGAUUGCAAUCGAUCUGGGACCUGAAGUCCCACGAGGCUCCCGCUUUCAUUCCCAAAACAGGAUGCCGAUUCCGGCAGAAAUUACUAUAUACUGUUCGAGCCUUGUCGUUCUCGUACGCAGAGAAUUGAAACGUUCAGGAUAUAGGCCCAAAUACAUACUCGAAGAGAUCCAGCUGGCACACUUCUCUGUUAAAGACUAUCUCAUUUCAGACCGUCUGGCAAACGGGGCUGCUCAACAUCUUAAGGAGACAUCAGCUCGAAGCUUGAUGGCUGAAGCUUGUCUCGCGUAUCUGCUAGAACUUGAUCCUAAAGUGGCAGCGAUCCGACAAAAAACGGCGUUUCCUUUCUCUGAGUACUCGGCAAAUUACUGGGCAAGCUAUGCUAUGGUGGGCGAGCAGAAUAGUACCUUGGUGAGAAAGCUUGCGAUGGAACUUCUUCAAAGCCCCGAAUCAAUUGAUACUUGCCGCCAACUCCAGACACGUUUCUGGGAGCCCCCUGUGGAGCGUAAUGCAACUGCGCUAUAUUACGCCUCACUACUAGGCCUACCGCUCUGUGUUGAUAUGCUUGUCGAACAGGGCGCCGAUAUCAAUGCUCGUGGUGGCUUAUACGGACAGGCUUUACAAGCCGCUUCGGCAAAUGGGCACAGGCAGGUUGUCCAGCUGCUGAUAGGAAAUGGUGCUAACGUCCAGGCAUGCGGCGGGCAUCAUGGGAAUGCGUUGAACGCUGCUUCAAGUGGAGGAUAUGCGGAGAUUUCCAAGCUGCUGAUAGCAAAGGGAGCCGAUGUCAAUACCGAGGAAGAUGGCCAUGAGACUGCCCUACAAACUGCUUCAGCAAAAGGACAUGUGGAAAUUGUGCAAUUAUUGAUUGAGAACGGCGCCAAUAUUCACGCUCAAGGCGGGAAGCAUGGCAAUGCACUACGAGCCGCUAUCGCUGGACGACACAGUCAGGCUGUCCAAGUACUGAGAGGAAAUAAACCUUACGCCCACGCCCAAAGCACAGCUGAUGGUAAGAAGUCAUACCUCGAUCUAGCCGAUGUGGAUCGAAACGGAUCGGAGCUAUUGCGUUCAGCUGCAGCGGAUGGAGAUACCGGGCUUGUGGAUAUGCUGUUAGAUCUGGGUGUUGACUGUAAUACAUAUGCACAUGGAUGGACUCUAUUCCACUGGGCUGCAGGAGCAGGUCACGUCGGAGUUGUCAAGUUAUUACUCGACCGAGGAGCCGACGCGUCUAUUUCGGAUAACUUUGGAAGUACCCCAUUAAACGUGGCAGCAAGAAAAGGUUACGUCGAAGUUGUCAAGCUAUUACGAUCGAGGAGCUAA